UGAACACUGCACAACAUACAACAUGGAAACAGAACCGCUCCUGCAAAAGGUGGAGGAGUCCCCGGAAUCUGGAGUCAAGAAAUCUCAAAUCAAGAAUCUCCUCUUUGGAAAUAUGAUAUUGUUCAUAUCAACACUUGCGGUGUCGAUGUUUUCGCCAGUGAUGAGCCAGUAUCUCUACAAACGGGUGACAGAGGACGUGUUUCGCAAUCAAACUCUGGCAGGGAAAGGUCCAAUGAAUCAAACAUGUUACCUGAACACGUCAAACCCAGACUACAUCCUUCAGGAGAAGGCACAGCAGAUCGCCGCAGACAAACAAAUGCAGUUCACACUUAUGAAAAGUAGUCUAGCCAUCGUCAGUAACAUCAUGCUUGGUUCCUACUCGGACUCUGUUGGUCGCAAGCUCAUCUAUGCCAUACCACUCACUGGUCACUGUUUGAGAUUUGGAUUUACAGCAGUCAUUAUCUACUGGCACUUGGAUAUCAACUGGUUUUUUCUUCCAGAAGGUUUAGAUGGAAUAUCGGGGAGCUAUUUCGCUUUACUGCUUGCAUCGUAUGCCUAUACUGCUGACAAUACCCCAGCAACAGGUGCUCGAACCAUGGGCAUAGCCUUCGUGGAGUUCUUUCAGAACAUAGGAAAUGCUGCCUCAGCAACAGCAACAGGCUACUUCAUCCAAGACGUGAACUUCUUCUACCCGACACUCACUGCCACGCUGAUUGCUCUCGUGGACAUUCUCCUAGUGGUGACACUAUUGCCAGAGAGAAAGGGGAUUAUUAAGGCAAAGAGCAAUUGGAUUACACCUCUAGAAGGAUGUCGACGAGUGUUCGGAUUUUAUGUUUUAGAGGGCACUAAGCGAAAGAGAUUGUGUUUCGUAUUAGCUAUCUUGAUAUUCGUUUUCACGGCGUUACCAGGCGUAGGGGCGUCUAAUAUUGACACACUUUUCAAACUAAACCUUCCAUUUUGCUGGACACCAGAGAAAAUAGGUUACUACAGUACAAUCAGCUCUGUAGCACAACAGGUGAUCGGGGUUCCGUUGACGCGACUGUUACAGUGUUGCUGUAUUGAUGAGGUGAUCGGAGUGAUUGGUUCAGUGGCGAUAGGCUUAGCAGACAGUCUUCAGUCCAUUGUAAGCAAAGACUGGAUGAUGUAUGGGCUUGCGGGCAUCAAGACUCCUGCUGCCACGCUGUUCCCAGUAGUUCGCUCCACAUUGUCCAAGUUGGCUCCGGCUAACAAACAAGGUUCCCUGUUUGCCAGUAUAGCGGUGGUGGAGACCAUGUGCUCUCUGGUGGGGACUCCUAUCUUCAGCAACAUCUACCAGGCAACGGUGGUGGUUUGGAGAGGUAUGGUGUUCAUCGUCUUGGGAGGCACACAUAUCGUCGCUGCUAUUAUUCUUGUGAUCUAUAUAUUCGUGUCCAAACCGAUCAGACAGAAGCGAGAUGUUCUGGAGGUUCAGCGCGAUGUUCACAAGGAUGAGGCUGUGGUUCCACAUGCUCAGUGCGUGGUUACAAAAGGGACUCAGACUGACAUAACCAUUGAUCCAGACAAGCACGUGCAUGCACAGUCGGCGGCAGGCCUGGAGGUGACAGAGGUCACCCGAGCCAGCAUACACGUGCAUGUUCAGUCAGAGUUUGGCGAAGAGGAUGGACGCUAUGUGAAAACAGACGGGUAGUUGACUUACACGAUGGCAAAACCCACGGCCUGCCCACGUCAAGAUUGGAAAUUUUCCUCUUGGACCAUUGUCCUUCAAGGACAGACUAUAUGUAUACCCCAAAGUGCUUUCAAAACAUGUAAAUAUAAUGUAUAUAUGGAGAUGUGUUUAAAGUCCCUCAGGGUCUGGCGAAUAUAUUAAUUGCGACCGUACAAGGAUAAUCAUUCCCAAGAAGGAUAGUCCCCAGUAUUCAUUCCUUGUGGACGGGACCAGAACACUGACGUAAACGAAACGAAAUCUAACCCCUGAAGAAAUCUAAAUUGCCGUUGCAACUGAACUGAUUUGAACUGAACAUCAUUCUUCUACGCAUUACGUUCAGUCUCAUUCGAAAAUCUUUCCUUGUACGAUUUUGUUUUGUUUGUUUACUUGCUGUUUUACGCCGCACUAUCCACCCGGUUAUCUGUAAAU